CUUAGUUGGGCCGAAAGACACAUUUGGAAACGGUAUAGUCCGGGAAGGAUCCAGUUAUAAACCGGAGCCGAGGAAUUGUUCAGUUGGAUGCUUGUUCAUUGUUUGUGAGACGAAAAACGAUUUCAUUUUUGAAUUUCUUCAGCGUUGGAGGCGAUGGCCAUGGGUAUGGCGGUAGAUACGGUAGGCGAGUUAGGCUUUCCGUACUGGACUCCUAUCCGACGAAGAUUUCCUCCCGAUUCGCCCUUCUUUGCAUCCGGAAAUGUCGAGCGCGAACUACUUGCUAAACAGGUUGCAUUGGACUUAACAGAAGAUGAAAUCAACCAUCUGCAGAAAAUCGUGGAAACCGAAACCAGAAGAAUCUCGUGUCCCAUUGUUGGCUGCCCUGAGCGCCUGAAAUCUCUGGACAAUUUUGAAGAUCACUAUAAGGCACGGCACACUGCGUCUUGUUCAGUAUGCUCAAGGGUCUACCCUACUUCUCGCGUACUAAGUAUCCACAUAUCCGAAGCACAUGACUCUUUCUUUCAAGCUAAAGUUGCUCGGGGUUAUGACAUGUACGAAUGCCUCGUGGAAGGGUGCGGAUUGAAGUUCAAGAACUACAAAGCCCGGCAUCGACACUUGAUUGACAAACACAAGUUCCCAACGACAUUCGAGUUUUUCAAGAAGACCCAACUCUCAAAGAAGCGAAGAGAGAAACUUCAGAGGCAACGUGUAUCAAAGCUGAAACAUGAAGGCGACAAUGAAGAAGUUUCGUCAGAUGCCAUGGAAGUGGAACACAAAGCCAGCAUGGACGGUCUUGUCUCUGCACUGUCCACGCUCACCACCUCAGACGCAACUCCGUCGAAUGUCAGCUUUGGUCGACGCCAUGGUCGUGGGCUGAACUUUGUUCCACGGUCUGUUCGUAGAGAAGAACGGACCACAUCUUCGUCUGCACCAGGGCCAACGACUUAGUCGUGGUCUCAUGGUUCGUCCUAAUCUGAGGUCUAAGAUGGUGAAGAAAAAUUUAUAUUUAUCCUCUACUCACAUUAACUACUGUGUCUUUUGAAGAAUGCAUCUAAGUAAAAAUCAACUAUAAUAAAUCCCCUUAUAUCGAUAACGAAUAUAACGGAUAGGAAAACACUUGUACGUCUUAAACGGCCUUUUUCCUUGUAGCCAAUCCUAUUCUAUACGAAAACAGAGUCUUCUUCUACUUAAACACCUUUUUUUUGGGCCAGAGACACCUUAUUAGAACUGCACCCCGUUUCUCAUUUUCAUAGCUAAACAUUGUACCGUUCUAAUGUUGAUAGACGGCAUGCUUUCUGCUGCACCAAGCUUUUCUGCUCAGGCAUUAAAAGGGACACUGCCAUGAUUUACAACUUUGUCGGGGAAAAAGAAGCUCCAAAAAAUUGAAAUCCCAAACACAAAUUAAAAUCAAAACAGCUUCUCAUUCAGGGAUCCUGCAAACUAGGGUUCGUCUCUCAGGUGACUCUAUCAAACCAAAGCUCUUGGAGAUGGAGAACAUGCGCAGCUUUUGGCAGCUAGGAGACGAGCUCCGAGGACAAUCGAAAGCCUCAGAGGAUCAGAAAUGGUUCAUGGCUGCAUCUAAGCUGGCUGACCAGACUAGAUCCAAGGGCGAACGCUCCAACAAUCUUGAUCUUACAAAGGGCCCAGUUGAUAUAAGGCCAAGGGAGAAGUACGGGUUUCAAGAGGAAAACAAGUUUGAGACUCUUAACUUCAUGUUCAAUGCUAAUGUUUUGGGGCAGAAGCACUUGUCUGGUGGCAAAUUUAGCUACAAUCAGUUCACAAGCAGAGAAGGCAACAAUGGUGGUAACAACUUUAACGGCACUCACAACAAUGACUCUAUGAACGUUGCUGCUGAUAAAAGGUUCAAGACCUUGCCUGCCUCGGAGUGUCUCCCAAAGAGUGAAGUGCUUGGUGGAUAUAUCUUUGUCUGUAACAACGACACAAUGCUGGAAGAUCUGAAGCGCCAGCUCUUUGGUUUGCCUCCGAGGUACAGGGACUCCGUUAGGACGAUAACACCAGGCCUGCCUCUGUUUCUCUACAACUACACAACUCAUCAGUUGCAUGGAAUUUUUGAGGCAACAACCUUUGGAGGUUCAAACAUCGACCCAACUGCUUGGGAGGACAAGAAAUGCAAAGGAGAAUCCAGAUUCCCUGCACAGGUGAGAAUUCGUGUAAGGAAGCUGUGCAAAGCUUUGGAAGAGGAUGCUUUCAGGCCGGUUUUGCACCACUAUGAUGGUCCCAAGUUUCGACUCGAGCUCACCAUCCCUGAGACGCUGGCUCUGCUGGAUCUAUGUGAACAAGCUGGUUCUCUCUAAGCUCAAAGCCUUGCAGAUCCCAUUUAUUAGCUAGGUGGCGAGUUGGUGUCUGUUGAUUCAAGGCUUCAAGUGUGUAUUUGUAUUUGUGCUUUCUACAUAUAAGUAGAAAUUAAGAAUGUAGCUCUGCAGAAUAAACCAUGAUUGUGAAAGAUUCAUGUGUGACAAAUGCGUUCAUAUAUAAUCAUGAAACUAGAAUGAUUCUCACAUCUCCUUGCGAAAAAAUAAUCUGUUAAUG